UAAGACCAGAAUGGCACUGCGCCCAACGGUAGAUCAUGAAGGACCACGCUUAUGAUCGGUGCAGAGCUUGUUGCAUUCUAGUGUCACCGUGAAGUCUAGCGAUGCAUCCACUAACGUUUGCUUCGAUAAGAAAUCAAUUCCUGGGUACCUUUGCCGUGAACAUCAUCGCACUGGCCCAUGGAGGCGUGUUGGGAUGGGUGUCCCCUUCGCUAGCCUAUCUGCAAUCAAACGAAACACACCUGACCGGUGGACCACUGACGGUCGAACAGACAUCGUGGCUCGGUUCAUCGCUCUGCAUCGGUGGUAUGGUCGGUGUUACGCUUUUCGGACUGCUAGCCGAUUACGUCGGUAAACGAAGGGCUUUACAGUGCAUCACAGUGCCUCACGUGGCCUUCUGGUUGUGUGUGCUGUUUGGGAGUGAUGUGUAUCAGUUAUGUUUGGGCCGAGUGUUUGCGGGAGCUGCCGGCGGUGGUCUCAUCCGGAUCGUUCCGUUGUACGUGGCCGAGAUAGCCGAUUGUCGGAUACGCGGUGCCCUUGGGUCGUUGCUGCCGAUCUGCUUUAAUGCCGGCACCGUUCUUGCGUUUAUCGUCGGUGGUUUGGUGUCGUUUGGAACAAUGCCAUUGGUGCUGCUAGUGCUACCGGCCAUCUUUCUUCUCGCUAUGAUCAUGCUACCGGAUACGCCCGCGUGUUUGCUACGGUCUAUGCGAAACGAACAGGCCGAACGAUCGCUUAUGUUCUAUCGUGGUGUGGCCGGCCACUUCCAGAAGUCGGAUCAAUUCCGGCUCGAAUUUCAACACCUGUGUGAUGCGAUCGAACGUGAAAAGACAGAACCGGAUGCUGGUCUCUGCUGGAAGGAUUUUGCUAGCGGCCCUGAACGCCGUGGACUCGCGAUGGCCGUGUUCCUGAUGUUUCUCAAUCAAUGUAGCGGUUCGCUUGCCCUUAUUACGUACGCGGCCACUAUCUUCGAGAUGGCCACCGAUGGUGGCGAUGGAGGAAGCGGUUCCGCCUUCCUGCUACCCCCCUCCAUCGCUCCGAUCGUCAUGGCGACGGUCCAACUGAUCGGUACGAUCGUUUCGCUCGCGCUGGUCGAUCGCGUUGGUCGGCGCAUACUGCUGAUCGUGUCCUGCGUUGGAGUGGCCAAUGGAUACCUGACACUCGCCGCCUACGUCCAGUUUCGUCCGCAAGAAGCAACCGUCGGUAGCUCAACGAUCGCGAUGCUACUUCCGCUGGCGUGUCUCUCCUUUAGCAUUCUGCUCGCUUCCUUCGGACUGCUCACCGUACCGUUCGUCGUGAUGGCCGAAAUAUUGCCCGCCAAGCUGAGGAACGUUGGCAGCUCGAUUUGCAUGACGAUCGUGGCCGUGUGCGCGUUCGCGCUUCUCAAGCUUUUCCCUCCGCUACUCGCAACCGUUGGACUGCCGGGGACGAUGAGCCUUCUGGCGAUGGUGUGUCUGGUCGGAGCGAUGCUGAUCACCGGGUUUCUGCCGGAAACGAAAGGAAAACCAUUGCCGGCGGGCACGGUGCCGGAAAGCGAACCGUCGCAACGACCGCAUUAGAUGUUGGCUGUCCGCUGGAGGCUGUCUGAAACCCACGACGAUGAUUUGGCCAUCGCGUUAGAGUUGGAAGCUGGUUUUCCGGUAGGCAUAAGGCUAAAGAAAUGAAAAAGUACAAUAAAUACAAUAAGUUAACCUUCGUACCAACGG